AUGGACCCGAGCUACUACAGCAUCUUUUCUGGUGAAGACUGGCAGGAUCUGACAGGUACAGAUGGCACCCAUGACAGCGAGAAUCUUUUACUGCAGAUGAUCUACAAAGAGCGCAUGGACGCAUUGGAAGAUGGAGACCAUGAUGAGGUGUCUUCGUGGCUGGCAUAUUGGAUCACCUUCGCAGCCUUCACUUUGUUGGAAGGUGCCAGUGCCAAGCUGAUGUCCUGGCUGCCGUUCUACUACGUGAUGAGGCUCGCAUUGAUCAUGUGGCUCUUUCUGCCCGCGACACGGGGAGCACAGGCUUUGUACCGAUGGGCCGUGGCACCGGUACUACGACGCUACCGACCACAAGUGGACGCAGCUUUAGCUAGGUGGGAGAGCCAAAAAAGGUGA